AUGAACCAAGAUUACAACAUUGAUGAUUUGCUGAAACAUGAGAAGUUUCCUGCUUUGGAGUCUCUUUAUGAUAAACCUGGAUGUGAGAUUGAAAUUAUUGAAAUCGUGACCACCUGCUUGCAACCUAUUUCUUAUAUAAUACUUUAUGCCCCGCAAGAGAAAUUUAGUUUAUGGAGGGUAAUAUCCAACAAGCAGGAAGCAAUGUCGAUACAAGCAAUGGGUUAUCAUUUGACCAUUUAUCCGUACGGAGAAGAAAUACCUGCGUUGUUGGAAAAGUUUUACAAUAAGAACGUCGCCAGUGACAAUCUUGAUGAUGAAUAUUAUAUUCAUCCUCUCAUGAGCUCUUGUCAUAUGCUUUCAUCUUUUUUUCAUAUUCAUUCGUUCUAUGAUGGUAAUGGACGUAUUGGUCGUUCACUUAUGGCACUAUAUCUUUCACAUGCUGGUUAUCCACCUCCUGUUUUUCAACAACUUAAUCGAAAAAAAUUAGACGCAAAAUUUCUUCCUUUUGAAGUUAAGGCUGUUAUUGCAAUGGUCAAAAAAGGCAAAAAGGAUAUCAUGGAUAUCGAUUCGGAACAUAAUAUAUUUAAAGUUGGACGUACAACUAGAUUGACCAAGAAGAGGAAUUCAAUUAUGGAUUCGAUCAAAAUUCAAAGCGAGAAAAUUUUCCCCUCCUGUGGAGAUUAUGCAUUAGGAUCUCCAAUAAAUGUAGUUUUGAACGCGUCCCCUUCUCCUGAAACGCCUAGUCUUGAGCCUUAUUUGAAGCAGGAUUAG